CCACGGCAGCGGUUAAUACGAUUAGCCGCGCAGGCUGGCCUGCGUCAGUGCACGGGGGUCAAUCGUGCGGAUUAGCUCGCCAGCUCAAUGCCUAGACAGCAGCAGCAUUCACUUUAAUUUGUUUUGCUUGGUUUUUUUUAAGCACCUGCCAUUUUUUGAGAAGAUUAACGAGUCUGGCUCAAAUUCUGAAGCACAUCCCAUUGCUUUUUUAAAAAUUUUUUAUCUGUUCCUGUGGAAAACUUCCCCCACAGCUGGGAAGGCCCACAAAGGCAAUUGUUCACCUGGGGUCCAUCUAGCGCACCUGGAAAUGGGAUUUCCUCCAUUCCACCCUCGGCACCUGGAUUGAUCUACCCCUGGACGACGCCUCUUGCCCCCCUCUCUCACGGCGUAGCCCCCUCCACCCCUUCCCUGGAGCCCACUCCAUCGCUGCGACUGGGUUGAGGGCUUCUUGUACCCCUGAAAGGAGCCUCCAUGCCACUCUUAAACAACAAGGUGGCCAACGAUGAGAACAUCGGCUUAUCCAAACCUGUGAACGAGGCAAAGACCCUUGUAGAUGCACUCAGCAAGGUGGUGGCGUGCUACCGGCACCUGGCCUCCUGCGUGGGGGGGUGCACGGACGGCGUACACCUACGGGACGAACUGCGCCGAACACGGGAGCGAGCACAGGAGCUGGCUCUGGCCAAUCGGCAGCGCCUGACCACCAGCCUGCGGGACAGGACCCUGCCCAAGGAAGAGCGGCAGGAGAUGGAAUACCUGUGGGUGGCCUUCUCCUCCAGCCUGGAGCUCCUCCAUGCCGACAUGUGCAAAGUCUUUGAAAUGGGCCAAAGCUUCUCUCUGUCCAACAAGACCACCGCCUUUGUGCAAACCGGCAUUCAAGGGAAGACUACAGAGGUGGCUGCCCGGGCCUUGAGCCUGCCAGACCUGAACCACGAUGAGACACCGCCUAGUGUGGAGCGGCUGGAGCAGAGUGCUCUGGAGGUGGAGAUUGCCCGAGUGGACCAGAUGAUUGAGGACAUGGAGCUGAAGGUUAAUGUGCUGCGCUGGACGGUGGAGGCCCGGGGGCCACAGUACGCUGACCCCGUCAGUACUGACAGUGCCUCUCUGGCCCUACUCGCCAUGGACGAGCAAGAGCCGGACCGUUGCUGUGACCGAAGCCAAAUCUUUGUGAUCAUGAUGCUGUGUGGGGUAGCCACCCUGGCUAUUGUGUUGUCUGUCUGCGUAGUUUUCUUAGCUUGAGCCUUCCUCGAAAACUACUUGGUCUCACUUUUAUCUGUUGGAGUCAAAGUUCACCACAGCAGUUUCUGAGCAACUGCAGGGAUGACAAUGUGCUUGUUUUUACUCUUCCAUUUUGGAUCAAGAUGGGUUCUUACCUGAUGUUUGGGAGCUACAGACUGAGGUUGUUGUGACAGCAAGACAUGAAUAUUUUACUGUCUGAAAAUUAUUUCAAGGACACAGCUGUUUAGAAGGCCCAAACAAAA